AUGGCGGCCAUGACGGUGGGAUCGAAGCUCAGCUUGGUUGAUACGUGCAUGCCUGCCUGGUGGGAGAACUCUUGGGCUCCUUGGGCUCCAGUUGUUGCAGGACAAGAACUAGUGGAAGCUUUACAGAGGGAAACCCAGGCUCAAAACAAGAAGGCAUCUCCUACCCUUGAGGGCUAUGAAGCCAUGGAACAGGCUGUCUUCUGGAGGAUUUCCAAGGAUGGCCACUGUUACAACGUGCCACCCUUGGGAGACGUCUUUGACGCCCAUGACUGCAGUGCCUGCCUGAAGAACAAGUCCUGCUCCACCUGUGCCAGUGAUGACCAGUGCCCUGGCACCCAGAAAUGCUGCCCUGGCAACUGUGGCUAUGUCUGCCAGGAAGCCAUUAUGGAUAUCUGCCAGCUCCCCUCUGUCUGCGGAAACUGCAAGGCGAUGUUUCUACGCUUCUUCUACAACGCCUCCACUCGGAAGUGUGAGAAGUUCAUCUAUGGCGGCUGUGGGGGGAACAAGAACAAUUUUGAAUCUGAAGAUGAGUGCCUCAAAGCCUGCAGGUCACCCUAGGGGAGCACCUAACUGUGGGUUGGAACAGAGAAGGCGAAAUCGUCAGACUGGACUCCCGACUCAGCUGCUUUCCUGGA